ACCAUGAGCUGCCCUGAAUCUCGGAAGACAGGAACAAGUGGGAAGAAUGCUAGUUCUCCUCAAGUUAUCUUCAAAAAAAGCUCCCGUGACAAAGCUCUGACCAUCUACCUGGGAAAGCGGGACUUCGUUGAUAACAUAGAGAAUGUGGAACCUGUAGAUGGUGUUGUAUUGGUGGAUCCUGCGGUUAUCAAAGAGAAAAAAGUGUAUGUGUCCCUGACCUGUGCUUUCCGGUAUGGCCAGGAAGACAUCGAUGUGAUUGGCCUCACCUUCCGACGGGACCUGUUCUUCUCUAGGGUCCAAGUGUACCCACCUGCUGACAAGCCAGAGUCUCUCACCCACUUGCAGGAAUCUCUGCUAAAGAAGCUGGGGAAAAAUGCUUAUCCCUUUUUCUUUACUUUUCCAGAUUACCUGCCUUGUUCAGUCUGUCUGCAGCCUGCACCUCAUGAUGUUGACAAGACCUGUGGGGUGGACUUUGAGGUGAAAGCUUUCUCAACAGAGAAUGUGGAAGAGAGAAUUCAUAAGAGGAACUCUGCACGUCUGCUGAUCCGUAAGGUGCAAUACGCUCCAGAACAACCAGGACCCCAACCUUCUACAGAGACCACCUGGCAGUUCUUCAUGUCCAACAAGCCGUUGCACUUGAAAGCUUGCCUCAGUAAAGAGGUGUACUACCAUGGCGAGCCCAUUCCAGUCACUGUCACCAUCAACAACAACACAGAGAAAACGGUGAAGAAGAUCAAAGUCCAGGUGGAGCAGGUUGCCAAUGUGGUUUUGUACUCCAGUGACUACUAUACAAAAGUGGUAGCUUCUGAGGAAACACAGGAGAAGGUGCAGCCAAACAGCAGCCUGACCAAGACGCUGACACUUUUGCCCUUGCUUGCAAAUAACCGGGAGACACGAGAAAUAGCCCUGGAUGGAAAGCUAAAGGAUGAGGACACCAACUUGGCUUCUAGCACUAUUGUUAAGGAUGGAAUAGACAAGACUGUGAUGGGGAUUCUGGUUUCCUACAAGGUCAAAGUGAAGCUCACUGUUCCAGGCGUGCUGGGAGACCUAACCUCCAGUGAAGUGGGCACAGAGCUGCCGUUUCGUCUCAUGCACCCCAAACCUGAGGAAAAGAACCCAGCAGUGAAGUAG